GCGUCCUAUUUUGGUCAAGUUGAUGUUGCUCUACCAGGCUGUGAAUCCUAUUUCAUGCACAUGCACCAAGAAGAACACGAUCACGCAUUGAAGUUAUUACAUUACAUAAAAACUCGUGGUGGGCGUAUCGAUCUCUGCGCAAUCAAUCCCCCGGACAAACAGAACUGGCAGAACCCUCAACAUGCAUUUCAAACAGCACUAGAUCUGGAGAUAUCAGUCACAGAUGAUCUUGUCGCUAUCAACGGUAUUGCUGAAAAAUACGGCGAUCUAGAUGUCAGUGAUUUUAUCAUCACCAACUUCAUCGACGAUCAAAUGAAAAGUAUUAGCGAAAUGGCGAGAUUUGUAACCGUUCUCUCUGGCAUUGACGAUAACGCCAUCGGUCAAUUUAUUUUUGACAGAGAUUUAUUAAAACAUUAUAUCCCACGAAACUUUAAUGUUCUACGAAAAUCGUGAUACCCCAAAAAACAAUCAUCACAGAAAUAAAAAAAUUGAAUUCUUAUAAUCAUUAUUUUUACUCAUGGGUCUAGGUUUAUCGGGGCCGAAUACCUCCAGCAAUCAUCGACUGAAAAAAAACUGAUAGGGGCAAACUUCUAGAGAUUAACAUGUGGGAAAAAAGCACUGACAAAUCGACAUUG